AAUAUGGAAAUUACUUAUAACGAAUCUUACGAAUUAAAUGAAAAUAAUAAUAAUGGAAAUAAUGAUAAUAAAAAUGAUAGAAAUUUGUCUAAAUCUUAUUAUGAAAAUGACCAAAGCAAUAGUAUCGAUGAAGAUUGUAACGAUGAUGAUAACAAUUAUAUUGAAUAA